AUGACUGAUGAGAGAAAUGACCACCUGGUGCAAUCUGAUGACCCAGACCAUCCCGCCAACUUGAUCCCAACACUAUGCAAACAAUUUUAUACCCUAGGAUGGGUAACUGGCACCGGGGGAGGCACUAGCAUUCGAAAAGAUGAGCAUGUCUUCAUUGCGCCCUCGGGCGUCCAAAAGGAACUGAUGAAGCCUGAAAAUAUUUUCGUUCUGUCCUACCCGACCCCGAAAUAUCCACCAUCUGCUCGACAAUAUAUCCGCAAGCCCCUUGACCUGAAACCUUCAGCGUGCACACCUUUGUUUCUUGCCGCCUUUGAGCGUGGCGCGGGCUGUUGCAUUCAUACACAUUCUCAGUGGGCUGUGCUUGUCACGCUGCUCGUCGAGAAGAUGUCAGGGCCAGCGGCAUGUUUCGAGAUCAGCAACAUUGAACAAAUCAAAGGCAUCCCCAAGGGUCCAGGGAAGGGCAUGCUCGGCUUUCACGAUACCAUGAAGAUACCAAUCAUUGAAAACACUCCUUUCGAGGAGGAUUUGACCGAGCACUUGGAGAAGGCAAUGGAACAGUAUCCUGAUGCUUAUGCCGUAUUGGUUCGGCGGCAUGGAAUCUACGUCUGGGGCGACAAUGUCGCAAAAGCGAAAACUCAGUGUGAGAGCCUAGAUUAUCUCUUCCAACUGGCCGUCGAGAUGCAUAAGCUGGGCCUGCCUUGGAUUUGA